GAAGUCAUCAUCUUCAGUAGUUUUAUAGAAGAAGAAGUGUAAUGCCAAACGUUAUUAGCGCUAUCGUGCGGCCAGACGGGCACCGAAGACUCGCCUCUUCUCGGACAUCAUUGACGAGAUGCCGUCCCUGGAACGAGAAUGGAGAAGGAUAUGGUGCAUCAUGUGCACAAUUUGCAUAACCAAACUCUGGCUACAACGCAAUGCGGUGGUCCACAAGGACCGGGAACUUUCGGUGGAAAGCGCCACCAAUGCCCUAAGGACGUCGCUGAUACGACAUUUGAACGCCCUCGCCAAGAGUGAAAGGCGUCAUCUACAUACUAAAUUCCGAGGAACGUGUCUGCUACUCUGCAUACUGU